UAAAAAAUAACAUAGAAGAUAAGUAAAACUAAUUCUUGCAGAUAUUUUGCCUUAAUAAAAUGAACGAAUCUCCUUAUAGAGAGGCUCAAACUGCUGUUCAGAUGAAUAUAGACCUUUACCUUGUCCCGAUAUUUGAGAAUGGGAACAAUAACAAAAGACAUCAGCCUUCACUUUUAAGCUAAAUCUAUAUAUUACCGAGUAGGUUUGAACCCUCUAAACUUAGUCAAUUACAACACCAAUCUAUACUAUCACACUAAAUUCCUAUCAAUCUAGUGAGAUAGCUGGUAGUAAUCAGAGUUUCCAGUAGAACCUGAACAUCUACUUCUCUGCUAAGUUGGAAGCUGAAGCUAUUGAUCAUGAUCCCUGACUAUUUGUAUUCAUGAAAGGAAAAAUAUAGAUCUCAUCAAAAUUGCUAAUUAGUUUAGUGAUGGUAUGCCAUAAAAUUAUCCUCCUGUUUCCAGGUGAGAUUAGGAUUAAGCUCUAGGUCAACAAGUGCAGAUCCAAAGAUAACUUGUUUCAGACUAGGUUGCAGCAAAGAUAUAAAGAUAAUUUGUUUUGGAUCGGGCUCCAAAAACCCCAUUUGGUCUACAGAACUUUAUCUGGUAUUGUAUUGUAGGCAUACUAAGUAGUUUUGUUUCAAGAUUUCAGAUACAGAGGACCAAUGCUGGGGGAGAAAAGCUUUUUGCAAUGGGCUGUGUUACUACUGAACUGUGGGGCCUUAUCGAUUGGCACGACCGCAGGGCCAAUGUUGGUGAAAUAUUAUUUCGGACCUACAGAGGGAAAGCGCACUUGGCUGGCUACCUUCUCACAGACAGGAGGAUGGCCUAUUUGCAUUGUGCCCAUCUGGAUUUCAUCAGCAUACAAGAAAAGGAAGGGUUAUCCAGAGAAUCAUGUCAGUCUAAGGCUUGUCCUUGCUUCCAUUGUUUUGGGUCUUUUCACAGGCUUGGACAAUUUCAUGUAUGCUUGGGGUCUCAAUUACCUGCCUCUCUCAACCUCCGCUUUGGUGAUUGCCACUCAAUUAGGGUUCAAUUCAAUAUUUGCUUAUCUGGUAGUUGGGCAGAAGUUCACUUCUUUUUCAAUCAAUGCUGUGAUUCUGCUGACCGUGGGUGCUGUUAUGCUUUCUUUCAAUACCAAGAGUGACACACCAGAGGGAGUCCAACAUGGGCAUUAUCUGAUAGGGUUUUUUGUUACACUGGGUGCAGCUGCCCUGUAUGGCUUAAUUCUUCCCCUUAUUGAGCUUGCAUAUAGGGAAACCUCAAGGCAAAUAACCUAUGCUCUGGUUAUGGAGAUGCAACUCAUUAUGUCCUUCUCUGCAACUGUCUUAUGUCUGGUGGGUAUGAUAGCUAACCAGGAUUUCAUGGCUAUUAGAAGAGAGGCCAAGGCAUCCCCAGUGGGUGAGGUUCUUUACUAUGUUAGUAUUGUAGCUAAUGGAAUCUGCUGGCAGCUUUUCUUUAUUGGGGUGUUUGGUGUCAUCUUUCUUGCUAAUUCUUUGUUGAGUGGUAUCAUCAUAGCUUUCUAUAUUCCCAUCAAUCAACUGCUGGCUGUACUUUUGUAUAGGGACAAGUUUACUCCAGAGAAAGCAAUGGCUCUGGUACUUUCUCUUUGGGGUUUUGUCUCAUAUUUAUAUGGGGAGUAUAGAACUUCCAAAAAAUUAGAGAACCAGGAAGAUUAUGAUUCUGAAAGUCGAGAUGAAGACAUACAAUCAUCGAACCAAGAAGACCGUGACCUUGAAUCCUUAAGCCUUGUUGAAGACUAUGAACCUGCAAGCCUGGAGCUGGAGGUGAAUAUUUCUAUUUAUAAUAAUGUUUGUGAGACCAAACAGUCUAUAUGAGAUCCAUGGUAGAGGCAAAAUGAUAUGCUUAAGAGUUU